ACCUGACCCUGCACUUUUGAUGGACGGUUUCCAACGGUAACGAAAAAGGGCGCUGGAAAGGAAGCCGCGAUGACGUACCUUAUCAUGUGAUGUUCGUUGUCCUCGUGGUCAGUUUCGUCGCUUCUCUCUUCUUGUUCACAUGACCAGUUUGUUUGACCCCAUGACCACGACUCCGCACUCCAGUUCUCCAACUCUGGACAUGCUCGACGGGUCUUUGGAUCCAGAGAAAAAUUCACCAUUACAAGAUCCCAAAACCACCGAUCCAACACAAGUGCCGGAGCCAGAAACAGUCACAGUGACAGUAUCGACUGUUUCCGAAGAGCAAACGGCAGCUGCUCUUGUAGGACAACAAGCGAACGCCGCUUUCGGUGAUCCAGGCACCCUUCAGUUCCAAUACAGAACAGACGCUACUGGUGUACAAACUACGGGAUUUAAUGGAGGGACACAGCCAAUUCGAGUCGUUCAGGUUCAAGCCGCCGAUCCUUCUGGCGAACGAGUAGAUGCCGCCACGGCUGCUUUCGCUCCCCAAGUACAAACUGUUAUCCAAAGCCCAUUUAGUAAUGGCUCUUCCCCUACUCAUACUGUGGAGGCUGAAGGUGCCGCAGAUGGGGCUAGAUUUACGUAUUUUCAGGCGGCUGACGGUGCCACAACAGCCACAGUGGUUCAAGCCGGUACAAACGAUGCUUUAGAUGGAACAAGCGCUUACACAGUGCGAAACAUUCCCGUGUCGCUUACUCAACCAUCUUCGCCUUCCCAAAUACCAAUUACAAUGGCCGAAGCGCAGACUAUCACCACUGUCGGUACUGCUACAGGUGGGCACAUUCCCUCAUUUAAUUCAAAUCGUCGACCAUAACACUGCUGCGAUUUGAUUUUAACGUUUGAAGUAUGAAUUCAAGAGAUCUUACUCUACUAUACCAUAGGUGGUUUUUACGUGAUGAUGUCUCCACAAGAUGUUAUGCCAGGCGGAACCCAACGGAACAUAGCCCCGGCUAUGACUCACAAAAUAUCCACGUGAGUGAAAAGCAAUGGUGUUUAUAGGAGAGGAAAAAUUGUUUGACAAGAAAUCUAUAACUCGUAUAUAUGAUGAUAUGUCGACUGUAGUAUUUGCUCGUCUUUUCUGGAUAAUCUUUUAUUUAUAGGAAAAUUUAUUAUCUCUACCUUCGUUUCUUCACUGAAGUUUGGUUGAUUUUGCUUAAACCGGAUAUUUUUCUUUAACAGCUUUUAGUUUUAAAUCUUAAGUUCCCUCCCGAAACAUCAGUGAACAUUGUUUAGGUGGUUUAUUUUUACGGUUGUUGCUUCAAAGUCGAUUUCUCAAAUCGGUAAGCCUCACAUUAAACCUCGGCGAUGUAACAUGAUUCGAAUCAUCGAUAGCUGUUGUCAUGAGUCUACUCGAUUCGUCUAAUUCGAAACCGUUCGCACUCGCAAAAAUCGCUUAAACAUCCUUAGAGAUAAUCAGUAAGUGUACUUCUGUCGAAGAAAGUUUGUAGUGUGUUUGGAAUUUGCAUUAGUUUUUGAAUUGAGCGGCUUUGAGUCAUGUGUUUCUGAACACAUGAUAGUUUGCGUGUCACAUGAUAUUCUUCAAUCAUGUGACGGUCAUGUUCGAUUUCCUUAGCUUUCUCCCUCGUUCAAAGCAGUAAAAACCAGGCGAACGAAGGUUUGAUUCAUAUUUUCCACCCUCGAACGGAGUGAUAAAGGUUUCAAGAUGGAGGUUGUGUAUGUUUUAAGUAACUCUGUUGCUCUUAACAGGAAGUUGGAUGCUCCGCGUACUGCAAGGGACGAAAAGAGGCGGGCGACGCAUAACGAAGGUAAAUUGAUAAAACUCAAAUUUUUGUAAGUUGUUUUGAAAUACGAUGGCAAGGAAACAUUAUGUUUAAUAUAUCGUUAUUUAGACGGAACUUUAGAGUAUCUCAACACCGCAAUUAUUUAAAACCACUUUCUCUCAAUGUAGAUAUAUUCACACGAUUUCCGAUCGAAGUUUUGUUAAAAUUCUUUUUCUGAAAGUGGUGUUACCAAUUGAGAAUAAUCUUGGAAAGUUUUAUGGAAAAAGCCGUUGUUUAGUAAAUCAAAGAUAGGUGUAGAUGUUGACUGAUCUCCAGGAUUUUAAAUUACUACAGAUUGUCAUACGUGACUUGAAAAUGAUAAAAGAAGAAACAAUCUUCAGUUUUGAAAAAUGACAACUAUUAGGUGUUAGGUGACAAUUUGUCAAGUUAAGUAAAUGUGGUGGACUCUGAGUUCAUCGGUCUUAAGGUGCUGGUGGAAGUGGUUAAGAUAAGCAGUGUUAGGUCAGUAUUUUAACAGGCACUAGCCACUAUAAAUUUGCUUGGAUUUUUUCUUUUUUGAUCAUGUGUUCUCCUUGUACUCUAAGAGGUGCGAGAGUAGCACACAUGACAUCCAUAUGACUUAACCACAUGGUUUAAGCUGCCCACUUUUCUACUACUAAGUUAUCAAAAAAACAAGUGGUUCAAAAUUACAAUUCCUUUUUUUUUAAUUUCAAUGCAAUCAUUAUCAUCCCACUUUAGUGGAACGUCGCCGUAGAGACAAAAUAAACUCAUGGAUCAACAAACUUGCUAAGGUUGUACCAGAAUGUUGCACUGAGCAGGCAAAAGCUGGCCAGGCUGGUGGAGCACAGAAUAUUGUAAGUAUUUCUGAUUUUACUUCUGUAUUUGCCAUAUAGUCUUCUUUGUAGCCAUUCUGUGGGAUGUCAGGUAACGCUUCCCCCAAGCUAACAACUAUUUCCGACUUAACAACAUUGCUUUGCAUGAAAAGGCCAAUCUUAGAGAGCCAUCCAUUUUUUUAUUUGUGCCAGGUGUUUCCCUUUCAUUCAAACAGAGUCAGAGUAUUAUAGCAUCAUGAGGAAAGAAUCACAGAAUUAGGGAGAAGUUUAGCAAAAUUUAUUAACUUGAUCCUUAUCAUGUAUGGAAGCUUGCAAUGUAGAAAUGUCAUAGACAACCUUGCUUACACAAUCACAGAAGUUAAGAAUUACUUGUACUCUCCUGCCUAAGUUGGAUUUUGUCUCUGACAACAAUUUUUUUUUUUGGGGGGGGGGGAGGAGGGUGGUGUUGUCUUGGUUGUCAGUCUCAAGCAAAGUCAAAUGAGGAAUUUGGGAAGUCUUUGUUUUGUCUGUUAUUGACAUCCAUAAUGAAAUAAUAUCAACUAGAAAUCUUCUCUGAUGUACUCUUUUAGAUGUUUUUUGAGAGAAUAAUGUGGUUUUGAUUAAAUCUAUUUGUUGCUUUGAUAUUUGAAGUUGGAAAUUUAGUGCACCCUUGAGAGUCUAUUCAGCAUUUUGCACCUCCAAGUGAGAAAUACUGACUUUCUCUCUUGAAAAUGAUAUUUCAGAUGUAUCAGAAAAAAAAUUAAUUAGAGAACAACACAAGUCUCAGGAUUUUUUUAUGCUUCAAAGUGAUUUUUAUGACAAUUAUUGGUGGACUUUGAGUCUUUGACACCAACUGAGUAUUUUGCUCUCAAGGCCUGAUUCUCAAUUCUCUCUUCUAGCUGCUUUAUAUUUCCUUGUAAAUGUAUUACAAGAAUUUGGUCUUUGAUCAAGAUAACUACUCCUACCCAAUAUGUCUGGGUAUUCUCAUUACCUGCUUGCUGAACAGUGAUUAAUAUUAUUGGGAGUUUAUAGUAUUUGUGUUGUUUUUCCUUUAAUACAUGGCCUCUUUCUUCUUAGCACUCAAUUCAUUGAUUCUUGCUGGAAAAAAAAUAGAUAAAUGCUAGCCAUACUGUUUACUUAAAAGACAAGCAUUGUUUUUGGUGUUACAUUUUUUCAUGUGAUAUUGCACCAAGAAAUUAUUUUUUUGUUUUUUGUUUUUGCUUGGCAACUGUUUUGGUCACUAAAUGUGGACUUUGAAAAGGUUGUAUCAUAAGUCCAAGGUUAAGCCUUUCUAAAGUUCCUGUUUUUUGUUCUUGGUAAACAAACAAUACUCUAAGGAUAGCCUUUGUUUACCCAGGAAAAUAAAUUGGUACCAAAAAAAAUGUGGGGAAAUGUAACAAAAGUAUAAGAUCCUAGACAUGAUCAAUAUAUUAGUUCUCCUCACACUUUCAUUAGAGUAAUCAGCAAACAGGUAAUAGGUAUAGACAGCUUAAUCAUUAAGAAGGUGUUGCCUCGAUUGUAGGACAGGCAACAGUUUAUUUAGUAACAGGCAAAGGGAAGAACUACUUAAACAGAUCUGUGGAGAAAAUGCAGUGAUAUUUUUUUCAUGUUCCUUUGGCAGAGUAAAGGAGGCAUUUUGUCAAAGACAGUGGACUAUAUCAAUGAGCUGAAAAUACACAAUGCGCGAAUGGCAGAAGCUAUUAAAGAUGCAGAAAGGGUUACAAUAGACACAGAGCUCUUACGACAACAAGUUGAAGAACUUCGACAAGAGAAUGCCCUGCUGAGAGCACAGCUUCAGCAAAAUGGGAUUGAACUAGCUACCACUGGACAGGCUGUAUAGAAAAUGACUUUGAAACUCUGAGUUCAAUGGGAACAAGUAUUAUUUAUGGGAUUCAGUUUGGUUCAAGAAAAAAAGCUCAUCAGGUGACAUAAAACUACAUUGCAUAAAAGGCAAUAAUUAGUUUGUGGUUUUGGGGUUUGAGCAUAUUUCCAGAGCUAUAGUUUGAUUGGGCAAUGUUCAAUUAAUCCUUUAAACCCUAAGAGUGAUAAGCAUCUCUAAUUUCUACCAACAGUCUUACCCCUGAUUAAAAAACAGGGGCACGAGAGUAAAGGAAAUGAGGGCAAAUUUAAGAGGCUUUUUAUUGUUAGACAAAUUCUCCAUGUAAGAACCAUAGGAAGUGUCUAAAGAAUAGUGUGAAGAAUUUGAUUCUGAUGUUAGGGUGUUAAGGGUUAAUGAAGAAUUAAUCCCAAUCUCCAUGGAGUUCAGCAGUAAAGGUGUGUACUUUUUUCAAUUUAGUUGUCAUCACCCUGUAUAUAAGCAAGUCAUUUGACAGCAAUCUCACAAUGCCCCUAUAAUAAGGAUUUAAAUUCCUUACUCGGUCACUACUGAAGAAAUAGUUUUAGGAGCAGUGCUUGUUUCAGAAAGAGCAAGUCUCUUUAUUAUCAUAAUUAUUUUGUCAGGUAUGCCAUGUUAUAUUUCACAGCAGUAGAAUUGUAUUGCAUGAAUUUGGUACAGAUUUGUUAUUUAGCAGGAGAAUGUCAGUCUCAAUACUGUAGAGUUGUUUUCUGUUUGUUCAUUUGUUUUCUAAUAUUUGGUUUAGGCUCAAUUGCCUUUGGAGGGUAAUUGGUUCCUUAUUGUGAAAUUGCAAAGACUAAAACGACUCAUUCUUAAGUCAUGACUAUUACCUUGUGAAAUAUCAGGGUUCCAAAAGUUUUACUUUGCCAAAAAUUUCAUGUAACACAAGGUACUUUGCAACAUACAUUGUUAUGAUAAGGGUAGGUUUGUUAUUAUUUAAUGUAAAUGUGUGCAGUUGUAGAAAGUCACGAUGUAUAAAGAGAGGUCUAUUCAUAAUUAAAAACUCGAGGAACUUGUGCUACAGGGGAAUAUAUUAAUGCAGUGCAUUGCUGUUAGAAAUAUGCUGUCACUUGAUUGUUAAAUUUUGAAUUGCAUUUUAGAAGUUCAAAUGCCCUCAGUCAGUGCCUUUUUUAACAAAAUGGAAGUUGUCAUUGUGAGAUUUCAGCAACCAGAACUGUGCUGUUUAAGAUUGUAUGCAGAUCUCUGAAGCAAAAUUUUCUUACUGUGUGUGACUGGUAACAGAAAAAAUGUUUGGCUUUCUACCUCUGUGCCACACUGUCUGCAUUUUAAAAUACUCUGUCCAGUGUUGCAACAACUGUGCCUCAAAGUCUAGAGGUUUGUCUUGGUUAUUUUCAGUUUAAGAAAAUUUGGCACAAAGCAUCUCAGUACUUGCAUUGUGUCCCAAUCUUUUCUGUCAUGGACCAUAGUUUUUUGGUUUAUUAUUUUAGUGUGGUAUUUUUCUACCACACAUAUUUUGUGGCUACUUUAAACCACUUUGAACUAUAUUUUUUCAGGUCACAACAAAUUAAAAAAAAGCUUGAGUCCCUUUUUGUUAAAGGUGAUGGUAAAAAGGAAUAAACUAUUGGAUUUUUAACCAAAUGGUUUUUGUCUUAACUCUUUAACUCCCAAGAUCUCACUGAUAAUUCUCCUUACUGUCUGCCAAAUGAUUCUCAUUAUACUAGUUUGGAGAAUUUGGUAUUGAAUCAAUAAGUAAUCCCAUAAUUGAUAUUUUUCUUUAUUCUCAUCACUUGUCUGUGUGAUGUUGUAUAGAUAUAGUAAGGAGAAAUUCUGUCUUGGUCACUCACGGGAGUUAAAGGGUUAAUUUAAUCUCAAACCUCCUGAAUUUGUGUUGAAAGAAGCUCUGUAGACUAAUAAUAUCAUGUAGAUUUAGGAAGUAAAUUGAAAGAGAAAACAUUGUACUGUGACAGUACAUAAAUAAAAAGUUCAAAAGUAAUCUAUAUGGUUCUGUUUGAUGUACUUGAAAACAACUGCUACUAAAUUUUAGGUUCCGAGCCG